GUGACAGAGACGGCCGCGGCCUAGAGUUCUCCAUUUCUUUUCUUUUACCAUAUGUUUUUAUACACGUUGGCCACUAGCUCUUUCUACUAAUCAACCAUGGAUCUCGUGCAGUCAAGCCGAAAAUUGAUACAGGACAUGAUCCAACUUGCCGGCUCGCAGAUGAAAUUACUACUUAUGGAUGGGGAAACAACUCCAACAGUGUCAUGCGCAUUUGCGCAGUCGGAGGUGAUGCAAAAAGAAGUUUAUAUAUUCGAUAGAAUUGAGAACAAGACCUCAUCUGAAAACAUCAAAAACUUGAAAUGCGUGGUAUUCGUCCGGCCGACACCCAAAAAUAUUGAGCGACUGGUGAAAGAGCUCCAGGAGCCAAGAUUCAGCCAGUACUAUCUUUAUUUUACAAACACAAUCAACAAAUAUGAUGUGAAGCGGCUGGCUGAAGCAGACAAAAAUGAGACUGUGCGUGAGGUUCAAGAAGUGUUUCUAGAUGGAGUUCCUAUUCGUAAAGACUUGUUCACUCUCAACUUGACACACAUCUUCGACUCAUCAUUCACGUUGAAAGAAGAAGCCGCUGAAAGGAUCAAGUGCGGAAUUAUUGCGCUAUUGUUGCAGUUGAAAAAGGCUCCAGCUGUUCGAUACCAAAAGUCUUCACCGAGUUGCAAAAAAGUGGCCGAUGAUGUAGCACAAUUCAUUCGCCGGGAAAACGGGCUUUUCGAAAACUCUAGAGCUGACACCACUCUUCUGAUUAUUGAAAGAUCCCAGGACGCGGUGACUCCUCUGCUCAACCAAUGGACGUAUGAAGCGAUGAUCCAUGAAAUGCUCACAUUGACAAAUAACAGAUGCACAUGUACUGAUCAGAACAUUGUGCUCAGCGAGCUUCACGAUGAAUUUUUUGCGAGAAAUAUUACUGCCAACUUUGGAGAAAUCGGGCAAAAUAUCAAGACGUUGAUCAGCGAGUUUCAGGAGAAAAAGCAUAUUAACAAGAAUUUGGAGUCGAUUCAGGAUAUGAAAAAGUUUGUGGAAGACUAUCCACAGUUUAAGAAGAUCAGUGGAACAGUGUCGAAACACGUCAGCCUUGUAGGCGAACUUAGUAAUCUUGUUCAGAAGCAUAAUUUAUUAGGAGUCUCAGAGGUAGAGCAGGCAAUUGUGUCAGAUGGGGAUCAUGGCAAAUGUAUCAAUCUUGUUCGAGGACUGCUGAAAAAUACGAAAACCAGAGAAGUGGACAUCAUCCGUCUUGUGCUUCUCUACGCUCUUCGUUUCGAAAACGCACCCGGCAACGAAUUAAACUCAUUGAUCAGUCAACUCAGACCACAGCAUCCAAAAAUCCAUCAAACGGUGUCGACGCUGCUCAAAUAUGGUGGACUUUCAAGGAGACCUGCCGAUUUGUUUGGUGGUGAAUCGACUAUUGACAUUACGAAGAGGUUCAUCAAAGGACUCAAAGGAGUUGAGAACAUUUACACCCAGCAUUCGCCGUAUCUCAAGAACAUGAUCGAGUCUUGCCAGCGUGGGAGGCUUGACAACUACCCGCUUCUUAGCAAUGAAUGCGACCGAAUGGAUAAUAUUAUUGUGUUUAUUGUGGGUGGAGCCACAUAUGAGGAGGCGGCUUAUGUGAGAAGCUUGAAUGAAAAGCGGAUGCAAGGAUACGGAGGGCCUGCUGUUGUUCUAGCUGGGAGUAGCAUGCUAAAUACAAAAUCAUUCCUCGAAGAGUUUGCCAACGUCGACAAAAAUACGGGAGCUGUUCACUGAAUAUCUCAAAAGUUUCAAAACUUCUCGCAGAGUCUAUUUAUUGAUUUAAUUGAAUUGUCAUCUUUUCUUGUGAUAUAUUGAGCUUCUUUAUGAAAUUGCUUUUUUUAAAAUGAAUAUGUACUGUGUACAGUGCCACCACUA